AAGUAAACAUUUGUUUAAAUAAAGCGAAAAUAUGGGUGAAAAUACUGAAAUGCCCACAAAAAAUGCUUGUCGAAUUUGUUGGAAUACUAUCAUUGGCGAAGGAUUUCAUAUCAAUUCGAUAGCUACUAACAACACACUCACAUAUGCCCAUCUGUAUAUUCAUUUAUCCAAAAUUGAGCCGCAACUAGAAUACCAAGAUGAGCCAGAAUCGCUAUGCUGGGGAUGUGCAAAAGACUUGGUUUCCGCCUACAAAAUAAUUCGGAAAGUGGAAGAAAAGGAGAAAAUUGAUUAUCAACCUGAAGUCCAUAUGAAAAUAAAAGUACCAUCGAGCGGGUCUCAAAACAAUCUUAAAGUCACAGAAGAUGUAAAGCCGUCGAUAUUCGAAAUGGUUGUGUGCAAAGUUGAGCCUCAAGACUACUCUGACGUCGAAAAUUCGGAGCCCGAGUUUUUCGAUGAAAAUGAUUCGGAUUCAGAAGAUAGUGAUGAUAAGCCACCUGAGAAGGUAAAAAGAAAAAAGUCUCGGAAGAAGUACAAAACCUCUUACAAACCUCCACUUGCUGGAAACUUGAUUCAAUGCGUACUUUGCAUUUACAAUACUUACAACUCGACGAACUAUGAGAAUCAUGUGCUGAAUCAUCACAACGAACUUAAACUCAAGUGUGAUGGAUGUGAGAAAACCUUUCAAUUUAUCUACGAACUGGAUGCACAUAGGAAAGAUCUGCACCAUUUUGUGGAAAAAUACGUUGCUAAAGUAGUGCCAAAUUCGAAAAUUGAUAAAAUUGAAGAAAAACAUGGAACGAAACAAGAAACCACUGGACAAAUUGUGUCACAAACUACCGAAGAAACGCAGUACAAGUUAGAUUGUUUGGGUCGAAGAAUUCCAUUGAAUCGCAAAUACAAAGACCGAGAAAUCAAGUGGCCACGUAAAGAGCGCAAACUACCUAUCAAAUGCCCACUUUGUCCUUACACAGGUAUCGGGAAAUCAAAUUUUCGAAAUCACUAUCGAGUCAAACACAAUAAGCAGGAAUUGCAAUGCGACGGAUGCGAUGCUAAAUUUCAUCUUUUUUAUCGUCUUAACAGACAUCGCGAAGAAGAGCAUAAUUUUUCGCACGAAUACGUCGUUGACGAAUCGUUGAAAGUAAAAGAUGAAAUCGUUCCACGUGUGCGACAGAAAAAAGAGGAUAAAGAUUACCAAUGUUCACAUUGUGAUUCGAUUCUCAGAGGACCUCGUAAACUGAAUGAACAUCUAAAAGAAGUUCACAGCAUCAUAAAAGAACCAACGCGAUUUAAAGUCAUUUGCAGUUAUUGUGGAAAGUUUGUUGUCAACUACAAUCUCGAGGCACACAUAAGGCAUUUGCAUCCCGAGCAAAGAGAUCCAUUCAUAUGCGACUAUUGCGGGGACAAACCAAAAAGUAAAACUGCUUUACUACGACACAUGCAAUCCGUGCACAAAUUAGCUUUGAAAGUAAAUGGUACGCCAUGUGGGUUAAUUUGUCGAUUUUGUCCCGAAGUGUUCCGGACAAAGCAUCUGAGGAUUGCACAUGAAGUACGAAGUCACACGUUUGAAUAUAAAUUCAAAUGCUCCAUUUGUGAAAAAAAGUUCUUGAAGAAGCAGCAUAUGGUGGAACAUAUGAAACGUCAUGCGAAAGGAAAAAUUAAGCAAGCACGAUUAAAUUGUCACAUUUGCGGGGAAUUUUUUUCUCGCAAGAAGAUACUGGCCGAGCAUAUUUCCGCUACACAUUAUGAACACGAUACUUCCAAUUCAUUCCCCGAAAAUCUCGCACAAAAUCUUACUCAUUUAUUGGCUCUUAAAUAUGAACAAAAUACUUCUUACAAUGAAUAAUUUCUUGGAAAUAAAUACAAAU